UUCUUCGGUAGAGACCCGAAGUCAUGUGGCUCAGUACUGUACAUGGCAAAGGGUACUGUCGCUAGUAGCGGGGAUAAAUAGCGUUUUGAGAACGGUGCGGAGAGUUGUUGAAAAUGCGACUCGCUUUCUCUUUAUUAGGACAUUCUGGGGAGCCAGGCGUUGCCGUCGGGAGCAGCAACACAAUGUGCGAAAUUUAGUUGCCCUGCUUAAUUAAUUGCAACAGAAUUCCGGUUUGGAAACUUCUCUUUUUUUUUUUUUUUUUUUUUUUGUUGCGGUCGCUGUCUGGUCAUUUUCUACUGUAUUACGGCCGUGAAAACCCGAAUGAAGACAGCUGUUUGCCUCCUCGCCAUGCCGGAGCACAUGACUGCGGGAGAGGAGUAAAAGUUCUCUCUCGCACCAAGAACACCUGAUACCCUCCUCCUCCUCCUCCUCCCCCCCCCCCCCCGGCCGGCAUGACCCUCGGCGCCGUGUCCGGCUCCGACAGCUCGUCGGCGGUCGGCUUCUGCUCCUGCUGCGGGGCCAAGAUGGUGCCCUACUUCAGCGACGACGCGGUGGUGUCAAAAAAUCAGAUCAACCAGCUUAUCAGUGAGAGCUUCCUCACAGUAAAAGGUGCAGCCCUGUUCCUUCCCAGGGGUAACAGCCCCACGCCUAAUUCUGCACCUCGGAUCAGCCAGAGCAGGAACAAGCACACAGGUGACCUCCAGAAACAUCUUCAGACCAUGUUCACUGUGCUGCGGCCAGAGGACACCAUCAGACUGGCUGUGCGUCUGGAGAGCGCCUACCCUCAGGUAACCCGCUACAUGGUGGUGGUCUCCACAAAUGGUAGACAGGACACGGAGGAGAGCAUUGUGCUCGGCAUGGACUUUGUCUCUUCUGAUAGCUGCUGUACGGUGGGUCUGGUACUACCUCUGUGGAGUGACACUCUGAUCCACUUGGAUGGAGAUGGUGGUUUUAGUGUGUCGACAGUGAACAGGGUUCAUGUCUUCAAGCCAGUUUCUGUCCAGGCCAUGUGGUCAGCCCUCCAGUCACUCCACAAAGCGUGCGAGGUGGCUCGCUGCCAUAACUACUACCCAGGCAGCCUGUUUCUGACCUGGAUCAGCUACUACCAGAGCAGGAUCUCCUCGAGCCAGUUUUGUAUCAACGAGUGGAACGCCAUGCAGGACGUCGAGUCGCACCGUGCAAACUCACCUGUUCUCUUCACAGACCUGCCCACAGAGAGGGAGCGUACAGAGAGGCUGAUCAAGAUGCGCCUCCGAGAGAUCAUGAUGCAGAAAGACCUGGAGAACGUCACCUGUAAGGAGAUCCGAACAGAACUGGAGAUGCAGAUGGUGUGUAACCUGAGGGAGUUUAAGGAGUUCAUAGACAAUGAGAUGAUAGUCAUCCUGGGACAGAUGGACAGCCCCACGGAAAUCUUUGAACACGUCUAUCUGGGCUCUGAGUGGAACGCCUCUAACCUGGAGGAGCUGCAGAACAGUGGAGUGCGAUAUAUCCUGAAUGUGACCAGGGAAAUAGACAACUUCUUCCCCGGGAUGUUUGAGUACCACAACAUCAGAGUGUACGAUGAGGAGGCCACCAACCUGCUGGAGUACUGGAACGACACCUACAAAUUCAUCACCAAAGCCAAGAAAGCCGGUGCUAAGUGUCUGGUUCACUGUAAGAUGGGCGUGAGUCGCUCUGCCUCCACAGUGAUCGCCUAUGCCAUGAAGGAGUACGGUUGGGACCUGGACACUGCCUUCGACUACGUGAAAGAGAGACGGGCGGUCACCAAACCAAACCCUUCCUUCAUGAAACAGCUGGAGGAGUAUCAGGGAAUUCUGCUGGCCAGCAAACAAAGGCAUAAUAAGCUAUGGCGCUCCCACUCUGACAGUGACCUGUCAGAUCGCCCAGAGUGGAUGUGUAAACCCUCCACGCACUCUCUGAGCCACUCCGACUCUCACAACAACAACAACGCCUCCUCCCCCUCCUUACAUCACUUCUUGGGCGUGGCUAUACUGCAGGCGCUUGGUGCUCGACCCGAAGACUCUGCCAAGUCAAACACCGCACACAGCUCUGACUCGCACACACACAACAAUGGUGUGUGUGACUCACCGGUUCAGGAGGAGGUCGGAUCAGAUUGUGAAGACCCCCCCCUGCUUCCCCUCCCCAGCCCACGAGCAGCCACUGUAGUCCCAGAGGAAAGACUGGACAAUUCAGCGAGCGUGGCUGUCACUGUGCCUGUUGCUGUACCCCACCCGCCACCAUCGCUCCACAUCCUACCUCCUACUCCUGAACUGCAGCGUGCUCACCAGGGUCCUCCCACACAUCUGUCUAUUUCAGUGCCCAAAAACAACCCAGCGGAACUGUACCUCAAUUUGCCUGAGCGAAGCAGCUCAGAAGAAAUCUCUCCUCUCACUCUGGGAUCCACGGACUCAGACUUAAUAGAACAAUCAUUAUUAUCUGAUUUAACAAGUGACAAACACAGCCCCCUCAGCCCUGCAAACACCAGCCCUCUCCCACUGGUUCUUCCCCUUGCCCCCAGUGACGACAACAACAAUCCCAGCGAGUUACAGAUAGGCAGUGCCUUCUACAGCCGCGGCGAGGCCGAUGGGUCGUCAAACCACAGCACAGACAGCAUCGACUUCUUCAGUGCCAGGGAAAAGUUUCUGGGCCUGGCCCAAGAUGGCAGAACUCGGACACUUUCAGAGCAGGCACAACAGAGGACGCCGCUGUCGCACGAGGAAAACGGAGAAACGGAGGCUGACGAGGAAGAGGAGCAGGGGAAUGGGAGUCAGGCAUCUCCUCAGUGUGAAGACAGUCUUGACAAAGCCAGCCCUGACCGAACUCAUCACCCUCACCAUGACAACGGAAUAUCAGUCCGCCAUAUUGUCACUGAGAUCGAAGCCAUAUGCCACCCUGCGCCUUGCCUUCCUCCUAGCCCCUCCUCUUCGUCGCUCCCUCCUUCCCCCCACAGCCCUCAGCUCGUCCGACCAGAACCUCAGGAGGAGGCAGAGGGUUCUGAAAUCACGCACGGGUCUUUAACUCCACCUUCACACCCGCCGUCUCCCUCCAUGCUGCCGUGUGACUGGCCGGCGGGCUCAGUGCGGCGGGCGACCGAGCAGCUGGAGCAGAAGCUGAGGCAGGAAAUGGAGAUGGCGGUGUCUCAGCGAUCCCCGCUGCAUUCCCCCAGCACUGAAAGCCCUCCCGUCAGACUGCCUCUGUGCUCCCCGAGCGCUGAGCAUCCUCCCCUUCGCUCCCCUCAUCACUCCACAGAACAACGGAUCACUCAGGGAGAGAUCACGGCCGUAUCUGCUAAGUCCAAAGACAGAGAGAAGCAUACAGGGUCACAACACGAGCUUCAAAGACUCAACUCCUCAGGCAUGUGCAAACUCCUGGACCCUUCCUGCUCCCCUAACUCAAAUAUCAGCCAAGUCUCUGGUGCUAUACCUGUCACUGUGCACACAUCCAUCGAUAGCCAUAUGCUGACUUCAUCACUGGCCUCUGCUAGUCAGUCAGUAGAAUCAUCUCUAAAUACCUCAGCCCAGUCCCAAGGACACAGCCAGCUCCACAGCCAAAACCAGCAGUGUCAGACCCUGCCCCAGGCCUGUCCAAAUCAAAUGACUCUCGAUGGGGUGACAGUGCAGGAGUCAGACACAGAUGAGAGGCUGGAGUCCAGGUCCCAGAGCAGGCGGGGGGGCUGUGGCCCCGGCUGUGAUGCCCAGAGCAGGCUGGCUCGUGGCAGCCAGGAGCUGGAGAGGAUUCAGCAGACGCUCAGAGAGCUGCAGGCUUUCCUCCACGAGGGCGUCAGCCUGGAGACGACGGACAGUGAAGUACAGGAGCUGGAGCAGACUCGGGGGCUGAGAGAUGCUAUGGACACAGAGCCAGGACCUUGUAAAAGGGCGAGUUCCGAACAGACCCCUCCAGGCCUGGAAGUAGGGCAGUGGCUCCGAAAGAGACGAGAGGGGAAGAGUUUCCUAGAGCUGACAGGGUGGCACAGAGCCACGGAACUCGAGGCUCGCAUCCGCCAGGCAGGCCUCACCCCGCCUUCUCUCAUGAAGAGGUCAGCCUCCUUGGCUAAGCUGGAUUGUCUGGAGCUGUCCGCCAACGACCUCAGCGACUUGGACCUGAGGCCACACAGCAGGACGACAUCAGCACACUCCCAGGACUCUUUCUCCACGUUCCCAUCUUAUCCUGAUGACACCUGGAAGAAGCAAAAAGUGUUGGCUCGAAAGACAGUUUGGUCCCGGGAUGACUCCUCUCCACCCCGGUCCCUCGCCCUCUCCCCCACCCCGCACUGUUGUCCGAAAGAAGAGACGGGAGAGAGGGAGGACCCGGAUGGCAGCGGGAGCAGCGUGGUCACUACAUCACGUCAGCAGGGGAGGGGCCACUCGUCAAGACGUUCUCGCAAAGCGUCCGCGGAGAAAAAGCAGCGAACCCUCGCCGUGCUAUACAAUACAAUGUGACCUCAGUGCAAUGGACUGGAACGGACACGACUGGAGCUGUGUACGCGUGAGAGAGGCUGCAUGAUGUGUAUGAAUGUGUAGCAGGUAAAACUGACCUCGUGUAACCUCCGAUGUAUGUACAGUGUGUCAGAGUUGAAUGAUGAACAUAUGUUUGCAUGUAAACCACUGGAUGUGUUGUUUCAACUGGAGUUCAGGUUUGUAUUAACAGUAAUGAAAUAUGAAUGUCCAAACGAAGACUGAACCUGUGCAUACUGUAUGCGCUCCACUAUGUCCUAUGUCUGUCCUUUUUUUUUUUUUUUUUUUUUAAAAAGAAGCAUUUGUUUUCAGUGUGUGACCCUCCUUGUCUGUUGAGUUUCUAAAGCAACAGCGAGAGGGGCUUUUUCUCAAAACAUGCACUUUACUGUUUAGAUGAUUUUCUUUUAAUUUGAAGUCUGUUUCUUACCCUGGAGGAGGAUUUUGUUUGCACUGAUCUCAGUAGACUUGUUUCUGUAUGAGUGUUUCUGUUUUCAAAGUGGACAGACGUGUCUUUAUUCAGAUUUUUAAUUGAACCAGGACAAAGCUGAUAUGUUUUUUUAUUCAGUGCUUUAGCAGUAAAUAAAUAUAGUGAGUUUGUUUUGACUGCAGUGACAUUUUUCUUGUUUUCAGUCUGACUGCUUCCUCUCAGACACGUCCCUGUUUGAGAAGAGGAAAGGAGAUGACUGUUACAGACUGAAAUGUAACCAAAUGUAUCGUUGACUUUACUGUCACCUGCGGGCCAGGCUGAGAACUACAGUUUUAAGCGCCUCCUAAGGCAAAAGAGAAGGUUGUUACAAGAGUUAUAUUCUUGAAAGUAAACCCUUGACUGUGGUCAAAUUUGACCACCGUUAAUGGGUGAAGGUCAACCCCAUAACCUUGAAGUUAAUAGAAAUACAUUCUACUUAUCAUUUUUAACUAAAAGAAACUGUGUCAUUGAACAAGUCCGUUCCGUGUCCUCGGGGAAAUGAUUUCCAUCAGCACUCGGUGCAGCUUAUUUCAGGCUGACAUUUUACCUACUGUUUCGUGUGGGUAAUUAAACAGAGAGAUGUAGGCCAUCGGGAGCCUGCUGUGACACACACACACACACACACACAAAUUACAUAGCAGCACUGACCAGGAAAGAAUGACAAAGGAUUUGACCAGACUUAAAAAAAAACAAAAAAAAACCUAGGCAAUUAAAAAAAGACAUCAAACUCACAAGCUUCAUAUUGUCUAAUUUUCUGUGUCUGAGUGCAGGUUUUUUCUAGUUUAUCAAAAGGAAAGCUAAGAUCCCUCGAUGAUUUCACCAAUUAAAUCCACUUCAGUAGACAGAGCAGACGGGUUAAAGAAGGACUGUUUUUUUGUUGUUUUUUUUAUACACAG